AUGUUAGAAAGCAGGACUCCCAAACAAUGUCGAGAACGGUAUCAUCAGAACCUCAAGCCCAGUUUAAACCACUCGCCAAUCACUGAUGAAGAGGGUGCGUACAUUGAACAGUUGGUGGCUCAGUAUGGUAAAAAGUGGGCUGAGAUUGCCCGUCAUUUGACUGGUCGGUCAGAUAAUGCUGUGAAAAACUGGUGGAAUGGUGGUGCCAACCGUCGUCGUCGAGCCUCUUUACAAGUCACUUCGCCAAUGGAUCAGAAUUCGGUUGGAAGUCCUGGUUAUGAUAGCCAUAAUCACCAUCAACAACAACAACACCACCAGCAACAUCAACAUCAACAACCACAUCCUCAUCAUCAACACCAUCCACAAGUUCACCCCCCACCACCUCCUCCACCACCUGGUGGACCACAUUCAAAUGGCGGUGGUGCACCAAUAUUUGGCAAUCCUUUUGCCAGUAGUGGCCCUCCUCCCCCACCUCAACAAUCUCAUCAUUCACAUGAUACUCCGCCUCCACCACCACCACCUCAUUCUAAUACAUCUCAAGGAGGAUAUUAUAAUUCGUCAUAUCCGCCACCUCCACCACCAUCAUCAUCAUCAGCAGGCCCUAAUACAUUACCACCGCAGUUCGGCAACCCUUCAUUCCAUUCAAUAGGCCAUCGGGUGUCACUGCCAAAUAUUUAUUCUGAUUCUUUUGCUUCAAUGCGACCAGGAACCACUACUACUCCCACCACCAGCUCUCCUUUUGCAUCGCCUCAAUACUCGUCUGGCAUUCCUUCGAGUAGAAAGCCAUCAGGUGUAGUAUUCAAUUCGGCAUACACUUCCGACUCUUCUGGGUUUAGAAAGUCGUCGACUGUGGCAGUUUCCUCGACAGUUGACCCUCAUCACGAGUCUCCGGCUAUUCUUGCUAGCGAUCCAGGAGCUCCUGGAUCCGCCAGUUCCUCACUGGGAAGUUCUAAUGGUGCUAAUGGUAGUCCUAAUUCAUUAGGUGGUGGUCCCUUAACUGGAAAUAAGGUCCGGUCUCAUCGUAGAGCUGGUUCUCUCCAUCAUGGUUCGUCGGCUUCACCAUUUCAACGGAGAAGGGCUCAUCUUGGAGACGACGACUUGGCUCCAUUUUCAAGACGGUUUUCUGCAACGACCACUUCGUCGUCUACUCACCGGUCGAGUCGUGCUAAUUCUAUUAGUGGUCUGUCAUCUGCUUCUGAUACCGAAGAACCUGUUAUGGCACCUUCGGCAUACAGUUUGUCGCGAUAUUCACUCUCGAACAGUACAUCGAGUUCUCGUAGAAGCAGUCAUGUUGUUCCUCAACUACCCGACCCUACAGUUCUACCGCCAUUAGCAGCAGCUGCUAACGGAACACUUGCACCUAACUCGACAAUUGCAACCGGAUCAGCGUCUGCUCCAUCAGCUCUUGGAUCUUCUGGCAAUACUAAUGGCGGACAGCCAAUCUCAUCAACACCUGGAUUACCAUCAGUGACUACAUCAUCAGGGUCUCCACCUAAUACACAACCUUCUGGAGUAUUAUUCAACCCGAGCUAUACGUCUGCAUCCCCAUCGCCAUCAUUCCCAUCAAUGACAGCACCCACUGAACACCGCCAGAGCGUAUCAUCUGUGAACUCGCUGUUACAGCAAUCGCACUUGCAGUCGCAUCGACCCAGCAUCUCGGCCCCAUCAUCGAACUCAUCCGCUUCAUCUGCCAACGACGAAUCUUCCAGUUCCAUGACCGCCACACCCUCCUCGACCGCCAUCCCACCCAUCAAAACGGAACCCCCCCUCAAAACCGAGCCACCAGCCAGCCCCGCCAUCCGCGAGCCCAAACUGAAAAUAUCCAACCUCCUCUCCUAA